AUGAAGUUCUCUGCUGCUUCCAUCCUCUUCCUCGCCCAUGGCAUCGCCGCCAUGCCCUGGUCUUCCGGCAAAGCCAACGAAGACAUCACUCUUCGUAUCCAAGUCUCGCAAUCUCCCUCGCAUAACGCUCAAGGUUCCGCGCCCAAGGGAGAUAUUCACCCUGAGAACUUUCAGGUCUGCUUGAAAGUGUGCUGGCCCUCGGUGCCUACCUGCCCUAAUGGCUGGGGGACUGCCAACCACCCUUGCUGGACUUGCUGCAAGGCCCCCAGCGACGACUUUCAGCUCUAA